GCUGUUCCGCCCUCACACCGGUAGUGACGUCAAAAUGGCGUCCUCCGCUACCCGGCUGACUGCACGUUUGUUGACAGCAGCACCUUCGUAUGGCCUGUUCAGCGGUCGGUUUCUCGCUGUCUCCGUCAGACAUGCGAGCGUUUGUUCCGGUACAGUGUCACAGAUUCACGGAGGACGGACAGCGGUCGGUGUGGGGUCCUGCAGACGCGGGAAUGCUGUGACAUUGAAAGGGGGAGUGACAGGGAGGAAAUGCCCUCAUGUCUCCUCCUGUCGAUGUCUUCACACCAGCAACAGGCUUCAAAACAAAGAGAGCCUCUAUGAUGUCUUAGGGGUUUCUCGUACGGCUUCACAGAAGGAGAUAAAAGAUGCUUACCUCAAGAUGGCCAGGAAGUACCAUCCAGACACCAACCCUGAUGACUCGGAGGCCAAAGAGAAGUUUACCAAACUGGCCGAAGCCUACGAGGUGUUGAGGAACGAGGUGAAGAGGAAACAGUACGACUCCUACGGAGCGGCAGGUUUUGACCCCAAUCGAGCCGACGCUGCGGAGCAGCAGUUCUACAGAGCCAAGGGGGCAAAUGUAGACCCUGAGGAGCUUUACAGGAAGAUCUUCCAGGACUUCACUGAUCACAUGGGCUUCGGAAGUUUUAGUAGUUUGUUUGACCAACCACCUGAGUAUGUGAUGGAUAUAACAUUUGCUGAGGCGGCCAAAGGUGGGGAGAAGAAGCUGUCAAUGAACAUCAGCGACACGUGUCCCAGAUGUGGAGGGAAGGGCAACGAGCCGGGCUGCAAAGUGUCGGUGUGUCACUACUGCAACGGAACUGGGACGGAGACCAUAGGCCGAGGCCCUUUCAUAGCCAGGCACACCUGUCGACGCUGCGGCGGCAGAGGGACUUUUUACACCACACACUGCUCUUUGUGCAGAGGUUCGUGUGAAAUCACGACUGAGAAGUCGGUCACCGUGUCAGUACCUGCCGGUGUGGAGGAUGGUCAAACGGUUGCCAUGACGAUAGCGAACAAACAGGUCUACAUUACAUUUAGGGUCCAGAAGAGCGCAGUGUUCAGACGGAAAGGAGUGAACGUCUACUCCGACGUCAACGUUUCUAUUGGCCAGGCCAUCCUGGGGGGCACGGUCACAGCACAGGGUCUCCAUGAGAGCGUCAGCAUAACAAUUCCCCCCAGUUGCCAGGCAGAUCAUGUGAUCAUGCUGCGGGGGAAGGGCAUCAAACAGUUCAACAGGAGCAGCUACGGAGAUCACUACGUUCACAUCAAGAUCAAAGUUCCCACGAAACUCACCCGUAGGCAGCGCUCUCUCAUGCAGAGUUAUGCGGAAGAUGAAACAGGCGUGGUGGGAACCAUCAACGGUGUGAAUCCAACAGCAGCAGGGGGCAGCAGCAGUUCACAGCCAAAAGAGGAAAAGCAUGAAGAACAGAAGGAGGGCUUUUUUUCUAAACUAAAAAGAAUGUUCAGCUGGAACUAAGAGCUGAUGCCAAGAACACGGAGAGAGAGAGACGAUCGCCCGGGAACGCAGUCGACACACGUGGUCAGAGCUCUUCUGUUAGGAGGAAGAGGAGAAGUGGCUGCGUGACGGGUCACACACACACACACACACUCACACACACACAACUGCUGGUCCUGUACUUGGGACGUGUGCUUCAGUGUGAAAGUGACUAUAGAUUUAUUGACACUUAUUGACACCUGAACGCCUCAUGAGUUCCGACGACUCUAACACGCUGUCAUUCUUUAAUAAAAUAAUUUAAACAAACGUUGUUUUCGGACACUUGUCAAAAGACCAAAUACAUUUCCUCUCAAAGAUGUAUCUCUAGUUCUUUUCAAUUAAAACAAAUCUAAAUGUACUUGUGUUUGAGUGUAUGGUUUGAUUUCUUGUUUUAGUUUGAAAUUUUCAACUCACUUCCUGU